UGAAAGCCGCGUUGUCCACGUUUGUGCAUAAUUUGCCUGAAAAAUAUAUUUUAAAUUGGGAAAAUGGCUCCUGUGACUCGCCGUAGCUCUAUUGAGCUAGAGCGAAGCCGGAAAGCAAAGAUGCUAUUCUUGAAAAAACGGAAGCUGGCAGGCGGAGUCGGUUAUGAAACAACUCGGAAAUCCGAAACGGAAACCGUACCAUUAGUCGGUUCUCAAAACGUAAAACAGUGUCGGAAGCGAGAAAUACCGAAGGCAUCUACUAAUGACGAGCGAUCUUCGGGACUUAAAAGAUCCGGGCCGUCAUUGACGUCUGAACCGGUGCAAAGCAAGCAUCUGAAGAGUGAGAACGUUCAAAGCAGGAUGCGGAAACAGGCAGUAGUUCCGCUGAAGCUGAAAAAAAAUGUUGGUGACGUCAAGCUGCGGAAACGGACUGAUCGAAUUUCUCCACCUACCAUCCAAGGUGCCGUAGUGACAAAAAUCACAGAGGUCGAUAAGCCACCCCAAUUCAUGUUUGCACCGAUCACCUCAGCGGAAUCUGGUGAACCAAACGUUGCGCAAAAACGAUCGGGACCUUCGAAAGAGCAUCCGUCUUGCUCUUCUCUCAACGUUAACGGAAGAGAAGAGAACGAAGCUUCCCCAUUUGUCUUCGCUAAAAUAGAGGAACAAUCUAUGAUACGCGACAUGAACAGAACCGUCAAAGCAGAGGAACGUCCAAUUUUAGAUGAAACAAACGGGAGCACUGCUAUCUCUAGUGGUGAUCAAAAGACAAAGGAUAACAAGGAGGACGCACCUUCUGUGGAAAUAAACUGGAAGUUUCUGGAAGCAAUAACUUUUGCGAAUGUGAAGAGUUUUGUUGAAACUUUGGAAAGCGGGUUUCGCUUCAAAACGCAAAAUAGCAGCUCUAAAGGAGUAAUACGUUAUUACAACUGCCGUCGUAUUAAGGUGAACGCCAAGGUACAGUGUAAUAGAAAGGUAAUGGUAUUUAUUCCGAAUACGGCAAACGACGAAUGCAGCGUGCACAUCAAAGGACAGCACAAUUGUAACGACAUGGGCUCAGAGUCGAAGGCUAAAAUGGCCUUGCAGCCAAAUGACCAUAGUACCAUCAACGAAAUGCUCCGCACUGGAAUGCCAAAAAAAGAUCAAGAACCUUCUGAUGGCCCGAAAUAAGGAUAUAUCAACCAACAGACUGAAUUACGCGGUGAAGAAGGCUUCGGUAGAGCUUUAUGGCAGUGGAACACUUUCGUUGGGUGAGCUAGAGGAAUGGGCCAAAUCAUGCUCAGCUGUUCCGCCGAAUCAGGAAACGGCUUUCGUAAUCGGUCAUGACAUCGACCAUGAGAACGGGCGUUUUCGUAUGGUAUACAGUAGUAGAAAACUAUUGAGUCUGCU